CCGCCGCGCGCCAAGAAAGCUCGUUUCUCACCGCCCGCUAUUUUCCCAGAGCUUCACCUGCCCGACCUAUCCACCCCCACAACGUCGUGGACGCGCCAUCCCGAACAAGACCACUUACAAUCAUGACUGGAGGCAGAGGCCGCGGUGGGCAGAAAGUGCUCUUGCCACCUAUCAACUUCAUCUUCAAGCUUCUGCAGCAGCGCGCGACCGUGUCGAUAUGGCUGUACGAGAACUUGGGCAUGCGCAUCGAGGGAAAGCUUCGGGGGUUCGAUGAGUUCAUGAAUCUAGUUAUCGACGACGCCGUCGAGGUCACAUUGGCAAAGAAAGAGACCCCAGAAGAGCGGAGGAAGCUUGGCCAAGUCCUCCUCAAAGGAGACAACAUUUCACUUAUCCAGCAAAUCAACAACUGAGCUCUCAACAUAAGAGUUUCCUUCCACAAGCGCCAUGACGAGACGCAGCUUCCAGGGGUAGUUAGAGGUUUAGUAGGAGGACAUGGCACACCGUUUAUGUUUAGGCUCUGCGCAGCUCUCCAUCGCCAGUGAUCAGGGCAUCGAGACGGAAAUCGGACUUGUCCAUUGGGACGGCUUCGUUUGGCGAGAGCAGCUGCUCCGUCAGGGCCAGGCCGAC